GCGGAGUCCCGGAGCUCGCCAUGUCUGGCACGCCGGCUUGGGGCGCAGCUACCGAAGAGAGCAUGCGGGUCCGCCGGAGGUCCUGGACCGAACUGCUGGCGGGAAGGCUCAAGAGGCAAAAAUAUGAUCCUGAAAAAGAACAGAAAUUAAAGGAUUCAGCUCUGCACCUCCUGAGAAGCCAUCAAAAUUUGAAUGACCUUUUGCUAGAGGUGGAAGAUCCACGGUGUGAAAAAUUGUGUCUUGGCAAAUUGAUUGAUUGUCACAGUGCUGAAGCCCCUCCCGAUCAUUCUAGUUUCUUUAUAGGCUCUGCUUUGCAGGAUCAAGCCUCGAGGUUGGGGGUUCCUGUGGGGAUCCUGUCAGCCAGGAUAUUCGCUUGCAGCAUGGAGCAGGUCUGCGUGGAGCCUAGCCACCCUGUGCUGCUUAGCUCAGAGCAAAGAAAGAGACUGUCUUCCUUGUUAGAGAUUGCUCAGUAUUUAUCAGCACACAGUAUGCUCUCCCGUCUCUCCUUCUGUCAAGAAUUAUGGAAAGUACAGAACUCUUUGUUGCUUGAAGCCCUGUGGCGUCUUCAUAUGCAGAGUGUUGUGAGCCUACAGGAGCUGCUGGAAAGCCAUCCUGAUGUGCAGGCUGUGACUACGUGGCUCUUCAAGAACCUGUGCCUUCUGUGUGAGCAGACAGGAGCAUCCUACCCAUCUGACAGUGUUGCCAGGGCCAUGCUUGCUGAUUUUGUGCAACUGUUAGUUUUGAGGGGAUUUCAGGAAAACCCGGAUCCAAGAACUGUGGAGCCUGAAAAGAUGCCCCAGGCUGCGGCCUCCAUACUACAGAGAAUGCUGAUUUAUGCGCUUGAUGCUCUGGCUGCUGGACUGCAGGAGGAGACCUCAGCUUACCGGGUGGUGAGGGGAUGGUUUGACAUGUUCAGUGGACAUGUAUAUUGUGGCAUAAUUUCGACAGAUUCUGUCAAGAGGUUCUUCAGUCACUCUCUGACUCAGAUUCUCACUCACAGCCCUGUGCUGAAAGUGUCUGAUGCCGUUCAAAUGCAGAGAGAGUGGAGCUUUGUGAAGACCCACACUCUGCUCACCACUCUGUACCAUAGGCUCUUUGUGAUGCUGGGUCCAGAGGAGUCAGUUGGCUGUUUGCAGGAAGUCCUGGAGACACAGGAAGUUCACUGGCAGCGGGUGCUCUCCUGCGUGUCAUCUCUGGUCAUCUGCUUCCCUGAGGCACAGCAACUGGUUAAAGACUGGGUGGCCCGUUUGAUGGCCUGCGCCUUUGAGAGCUACCACCUGGACAGCAUAGUCACUGCAUUCCUGAUUGUGCGACAGGCUGCACUGGAGGGCCCCUCUGUGUUCCUGUCCUAUGCAGACUGGUUCAAGGCCUCCUUUGGGAGCACACGUGGCUACCACCACUGCAGCAAGAAGGCGCUGGUCUUCCUCUUCAAGUUCCUGACCGAUCUUGUGCCCUGGGAGGCUCCCCAGUACUUGAAGGUGCACAUUCUCCACCCACCACUGGUCCCGAGCAAGUAUCGCACUCUCCUUACAGACUACAUCUCACUGGCCAAGACGCGACUGGCUGACCUCAAGGUUUCUGUGGAGAACAUGGGACUGUAUGAGGAUUUGACCUCAGCUGGGGACAUUGCAGAGCCUCAGAGCCAAGCGGCACAGGAUGUUGAGAAGGCCAUCCUGGUAUUUGAACACACAGGGAAGAUCCCAGUGCCUGUCAUGGAGGCCAGCAUAUUCAGGAGGUCUUAUUAUAUGUCCCACUUCCUCCCCGCCCUGCUCACACCGAGAGUGCUCCCAGCGGUCCCUGACUCCCGAGAGGGUUUUAUCGAGUCUCUGAGGAGGGUGGAUAAAAUCCCCCCAUCUCUGUACUCCGCCUACCACCAAGCCUGCGCCACUGCCAAGGACCCACAGCUGGAGAAUGUAGCCCCAGGAAUGAGGGCAGAGCCUGGCUGUGCUGAAGAGCCUCUGGGACCACUCAUGGCUGCACUGGGAGAGCUCCGAGCUGCAAUGACAGACCCUAUGCAGUAUGAUGUUAUUUCUGCUCAGAUGGCCAUGAUUUCUGAAAGACUGAGUGCCGCUUUGGGUCACAAUAAAGAUGAUGGAACCUUUGAGAGAGUGAAGAUUCAACUCAACAUCCUUGCUCCAAAACUCGAAAGGCAGGAUCAGACGGUUGUAGAUCUUCUGCUUACAGCCUUCUGUCAGAAUCUAAUGGCAGCUUCCAGCUUUGCUCCACCACAGAGGCAGGGUCCCUGGGCUGCUCUGUUCGUGAGGACCCUGUGUGGACACAGGCUGCUUCCUGCAGUACUUGCUCGGCUUAUCCAGUUGCUCCAUCACCAGGGCCCGAACCUGAGUGCCUCACACGUGCUGGGGUUGGCCGCGUUGGUCAUCCAUCUGGGUGAGUUCAAGUCCACGCUUCCAGAGGUGGAUUCAGGUCCUCCUGCCCCCACCAGUGGCCUUCCCAUCCCUGAGUUCCUCUACAGCCUCCUGACUUGUCGCACCAGGGAAUCCUUGCUUUUCUGCCUCAAGUUCUGUACAGCAGCAAUUUCUUAUUUUUUGUGCAAGUUUUCUCCCCAGCCCCAUGAUGCCUUGCAUAGCUGUUUAUCUCCAGGCCUGAUCAAAAAGUUUCAGUUCGUUGUGCUCAGACUGUUUGCCCAGGCUCGAGUACCUCACCUUCCAGAGGACACAGCCAGCCUCUCCUGGAGACCCUUGUUCCUCCCUUCCACAGACUGGUACAGGGCUGCGCUCUCCCUGUGGAGACGGAACAACUUCCAAGAGUUGUUGAAGGAGGAGUUUCGUUUAACUUACAGGGACUGGCUGCAGCUGGAACUGGAGGUUCAGCCUGGAGCAGAUGUUCUCUCAGAUGCAGAGAGACAGGACUUCCACCAGUGGGCGAUCCAUGAGCGCUACCUCCCUCAGCCUUCUUCCUUGGGGGGCUGCAGUGGAGACCUGGAAGUGGCAUGCACGAUCCUUGUCAGCGAGCUGAUGGACUUCUACCAAAGUUCAAGGAGUUAUGACCACUCAGAGAACUCUGAUUUAGUCCUUUGUAGCCGCACAGGAAACGGUGAUAUUCUUUCCAGGCUGCAGGAGAUGGCUGUGGACCUGGAGCUGGAGCAGGGCCCCACUACCCCCCAUGGCUGCUCCUCCACCCAGGGACACUUUCUGUUCCGCAUCUUCCACAAGCGGCUCCAGGCCCUGGCAGACAGCAGAGAUGUGACCUCCAGCCUUAGGAGACAGCAGGAGCUGCUCAUGUGCAGACGGCUCCUCCUCCGCCUGCCUCCCACUGUUCUCAUUGGAAACCUGCAGGCUGGACAGCCUGCCACUCCCACAUGUGAGGAGUUCUUCCAGCUGGUUAACUCUGAGUUGAGAAACUGCUGUUGUCAUGGUGGCGCCUUGACUCAUGACAUCACCGUCCACUUCUUCAGGGUAACCUGGCACCUCCUUGGGCUUCUCAGUGCCUGCCUACGAAGCCCAGACCCCUCACUGACAGCCAACCUGAUCCUGACUCAGUGCCAGACCAAGUGCCCCAUGAUUCUGACCUCUGCCCUGUUGUGGUGGUCAAGCCUGGAGCCAGUGCUGUGCAGUCAGUGGAGGAGAUGCUUCCAGAGCGCACUGCCCCGAGAGCUGCGGCGGCUGCAGGAGGCCCAGCAGUUUGCCAGCAAUUUCCUCUCCUCUGACUCGGCUUCCCCUGCACCCCACCUGCCCUGGGUCUCAGCUGCUGCACUGCACUUCGCAGUUAAAGAAGCUGAGAAGGAGAUCAUCAGGAGACAGCUGAAGAGGCUGGAGUGUGAAACAGAAGAGCUGCUGGUCUCCCUCCUUUUCUUCUCCUUGAUGGGUCUGCUCUCGUCGCAUCUGACACCAGAUGACACCGCUGACUCCCUGAAGGCUGUGGACAUCUGUGCAGAGGUCCUUUCGUGCUUAGAGAGAAAGAAGGUGUCCUGGCUUGUGCUCUUUCAGUUAACAGAGACAGAUGCCAAGCUGGGGCACCUCCUCCGCUUGGCCCCAGAUCAGCACACCAGGCUGCUGCCAUUUGCCUUCUACAGUCUUCUCUCCUACUUCAGUGAAGACACCAUCAUCAGAGAAGUAGACUUCCUGCAUGUUGCAGCAGACAUGUACUUCAAGCUAGUCCAGCUCUUUGUGGAUGGGAAGACCAGAUCUACGUCACCUCAGGUUGGCAGGAGCCUGCAGCUCCAUGGCCAGUCUUGUCUCCAGGGCAACCCUGUAGAACUGAUAAGAGAAGCUCGUCUUUUUCUGCUGCAGUUAAUACCUCAGUGCCCGAAACAGAGCUUCUCAAACAUGGCAAAGCUCCUGGCCAGUCAUGGACACUAUGACCCUGAAGUGAGCGCCACCCUCCUGAGCAGGCAGCAGGCUGACCCUGACCUCUACCAAGAGCCCCAUCUCUUCUGACUACGCCCAACUCAGUACACCAGCU